CCUCUCCAGAGAGGGUCCCAGGAGAGGCCCUGCCGGCAAGCAUCCUGACUUAGGACUUCCCUUUCCUGCAGGGGAGCAGGAGGCAGGGAGCGGGCCUGGUCCCGCCUCUGGUGCUCUGCCUCUCCACAUACCCGUGGCCUCUCCCAGCCUGGUACUAAGCCGUGUCAUGAGUCUGGACCUUGUGGGAGAUUAACUCGUGGGCAUGGGAGCACUUUGGAGGAGAAAUGACAGGUCCGAGGUCACCCACAGGCAGGGGCAGCUGUCAUACUUGAUAGAUCCUGCUCCUGGGAGCCUACGGCAGAGGUGGUCUGGAACCCCGGCUGGAAAAGGUAGCCAUGAAGGGGUCUGGGCACGCCUGGCCCGUGCCAAGCCGCGGCUGACCGGCUUCCGCUUCCCUGACUCCGCCCCUCAGUCCCCCCCCCCCCAUAUACUUAAUACCUCUGGCACCCAGUCCACCCGCAGUGGACUUUGGCCUCAGCUGUAGCUCUUGCGGGAGCCGGGAGGACUGGGAGCAAAGGAAGAAGCAUCUGGUGCAGCACCUGCCAGCUUUCCCCAGAGGAGCCCGGCUGCCACCUGCAGAUCACGUGGGCUCCGGCCAUGUGGCUGCCUGUGCUGCUGGGAGUCUUACUCUGGGCAGCCCUGUGGCUGCUCAGAGACCGGCAGAGCCUGCCCCCCAGCAAUGCCUUCGUCUUCAUCACCGGCUGUGACUCUGGCUUCGGGCGGCUCCUGGCACUGAGGCUGGACCAGAGAGGCUUCCAAGUCCUGGCCAGCUGCCUGACCCCCUCGGGGGCAGAGGACCUGCAGCGGGCUGCCUCCUCCCGCCUCCACACCACCCUGCUGGACGUCACCGACCCCCAGAGCGUCCAGCGGGCAGCCAAAUGGGUGGAAACAUAUGUUGGGGAAACAGGGCUUUUCGGUCUGGUGAAUAAUGCCGGUGUAGCUGGUAUCAUUGGGCCCACACCAUGGCUGACCAGGGAUGACUUCCACCGGGUGCUGACUGUGAACACACUGGGUCCCAUCGGGGUCACCCUUGCCCUGCUACCUCUACUGCGACGGGCCCGGGGCCGGGUGAUCAACAUCACCAGCGUCCUGGGUCGCCUGGCAGCCAAUGGUGGGGGCUACUGUGUCUCCAAGUUUGGCCUGGAGGCCUUCUCAGACAGUCUGAGGCGGGAUGUGGCUCCUUUUGGAGUACGAGUCUCCAUCGUGGAGCCUGGCUUUUUCCGAACCUCUGUGACAAACCUGGAGAGCUUGGAGAACGCCCUGCAGGCCUGCUGGGCACGGCUGCCUCCAGCUACACAGGCACACUAUGGGGAUGCCUUCCUUACCAAGUACCUGGAAGUGCAGCAGCAUGUCAUGAACCUCAUCUGUGAUCCGGACCUGACCAAGGUGAGCAGGUGCCUGGAGCAUGCCUUGACUGCAUGCCACCCCAGAACCCGCUACAGCCCAGGCUGGGACGCCAAGCUGCUCUGGCUGCCAGCCUCCUACCUGCCAGCCAGCCUGGUGGAUGCUGUGCUCACCUGGGUCCUUCCCAAGCCUGCCCAGGCAGUCUCCUGAACCCAGCCUUCCAGCAAGAGAUUGUUCUUCAAAUGCAAGAACUUCAUUCCUGUCCCCACCCUGCUACUGGCACAAAAUAGGCACUCAAUAAAUGUGUUUUUAAAAAUGUA